AUGGAUGCACUCACGACGAAUUCGCCCUCCGGAAAGAGAUCGCGUACAUCAGCCAGCAAGACUUGCAUCUAUCCGAGCUUACAGUUCGAGAAACACUGAACUUCGCAGUGCGAUGCCAAGGCGCCGGUCACCAAGGAGAGAUUUUUAAAGAAGUCGAGAAAAGAGAAAAGGCAGCAGGAAUCAUACCCGAUCCAGACGUUGAAGCUUUCAUGAGAGCUGCUGCUGGUGACGAUGCAAAGCCCAGCAUCAUGUCCGAAUACAUGAUCCAGGUUCUUGGCAUGGACACUUGCGCCGAUACAAUCGUAGGCAAUGCUCUUCAGCGAGGAAUAUCUGGAGGACAGAAAAGAAGACUCACAGCAGGAGAAGUGCUGGCUGGUCCCGCAAGAAUUUUGUUCAUGGAUGAGAUUUCUACGGGACUGGACAGCUCCACCACGUACCGAAUUAUCAGUUUCCUGCAGCAAACCGUGAAAGCUUUGAGCAAAACGAUGCUGAUCUCGCUGCUGCAACCACCCCCAGAGGUUUUCGAGCUGUUUGACGAUCUUAUACUUCUUGCGGAAGGACAUGUAGUAUACCAUGGAACUCGAGAAGGUGUUCUACAGUUUCUUGAGGCCCAAGGCUUCAAAUGUCCUGCAAGAAAAGGAGUAGCAGAUUAUUUACAAGAGGUAGUGUCAAGAAAAGAUCAAAAAGGUUAUUGGUGCGGUGAUAAAGAAGCUUACCGGUUUGUAUCGGGAAAAGAUUUUGCUGCUGCUUUUCAACGAUACCGGGCUGAUGAAUUCACGCUCAAGGACUUGAAGAAAGUUUAUCCUGCAGGGAAAAAGCAACCAAGGAUGAGUUCUUGGAAGCUGUUUCAGGCCUGCUGCUCAAGAGAAAUCAUACUGAUAAAACGUAAUCUCUACGUUCAUGUGACUAGCAACGUAAUUCAGGGCUCGAUUAUAGCGGUGAUUGUCUCGACCAUAUUCCUGCGAACAACAAUGCAUCAUGAGACCGUCCAAGAUGCAAACAAAUUUAUGGGUGUUCUGUUCUACAUGAUCAUGAAUAUCAUGUACCGUGGAUUACCUGAGAUGACACUCACAAUCACGAGACUUCAAGCCUUUUACAAGCAACGAGAUUCGCAGUUUUAUCCCGCUUGGUCUUGGGCAUUGCCAACGAUAUUUUUCAGGAUCCCGAUGAGUUUCAUGGACGUGGCAAUCUGGACCUGCAUUACAUACUGGGGAGUUGGGUUUGCUCCCGAGUUUACCAGAUUUUUCAAGCACUUUGUGCUACUGUUCUUGGUGAACCAAGCUUCGUUCGCCAUGUUUCGGUGCAUUGGAGCCAUCGCUCGAAGUCCAACAAUUACGAGUACGUUCGGUUUCUUCUUCUUCAUAACGACGGUGGCAAAUGGAGGCUAUUUGAAAUCAAGAGGUACUUCCUGCAAGAAAACUAAAGGUUAG